CGACGCGCGGCCGCUCGCUUUGCGGCGGCCAUGGCGGCGCGGUUCAGCGGGGUGCUGCAGCUCACGGAGCUCGACGAUUUCAUCGCUCCCUCUCAGGAAUGCAUCAAGCCUGUAAAAGUGGACAAAAAGCCUGGAAAAGCAGCAGCUAAGAUCAGAAUUGAAGCUGAUGGAAGCUGUUUCCAGGUCAAUCAGGAUGGGGAAGCACAAAAGCUGGAAAAGGCCAAAAUCACCCUGAAUGAUUGCCUGGCCUGCAGUGGCUGCAUCACCUCAGCUGAGAGUGUCCUGGUGAGCCAGCAGAGCCACGGGGAGCUCUGCAAAGUGCUGGCUCUCAACAAGGCUGCUGCUGCCCACGAGCAGAAACUGGUGGUGGUUUCUGUGUCCCCCCAGUCCAGAGCUUCCCUGGCUGCAAGGUGCAAGCUGGGGCUGCUGGAGACAGCACAGAAGCUGGCCAGGUUCCUCAAGAGUUUAGGUGUGCACUACGUGUUUGACACGACUUUCUCCAGGAAUUUCAGCCUCCUGGAGAGCCAGCAGGAAUUUGUGAGACGCUUCCACAAGCAAGCAGAAGACAAAAAGGCUCUGCCCAUGCUGGCUUCUGCCUGCCCAGGUUGGAUCUGCUACGCAGAGAAAACCCACGGCAGCUUCAUCAUCCCCCACAUCAGCACCACCAAAUCCCCCCAGCAGGUCAUGGGCUCCUUAGUCAAGGGCUACUUUGCAGAGCAGAAGCACCUGCCCCCUGACAGGAUCUACCAUGUCACAGUCAUGCCCUGCUACGACAAAAAGCUGGAGGCCUCCAGGCCAGAUUUUUUCAACCAGGAAUACCAGACCAGGGAUGUGGAUUGUGUCAUCACCACAGGAGAAGUGCUAAAGCUGCUGGAACAAGAAGGAGUGUCCCUAUCAGAUGUAGAUCCUGCUCCCCUGGACACCUUCUGCUGCUCUGCCCUGCCCAGGCUCGGAGAGGCUGCAGAGGAGCUCAGCACCCACCCCGGGGGGGGCUCAGGGGGGUACCUGGAGCACAUCUUCAUCCACGCAGCCCAGGAGCUCUUUGGGAUCCACGUGGACUCCAUCCACUACAAACCUCUCAAGAACAGAGACUUCCAGGAGGUGACCCUGGAGAGGGAUGGAGAGGUGCUGCUCCACUUUGCUCUGGCCUAUGGAUUCAGGAACAUCCAGAACCUGGUGCAGAAGCUGAAACGAGGGAGGUGCCCCUAUCACUACGUGGAGGUCAUGGCCUGUCCCUCAGGCUGUUUGAAUGGAGGAGGACAGAUCAAACUCGAGGGAGAAUCCAGCAAGGAGGAACUGCAGCAGGUGGAGAGGUUGUAUGAAUCCCUGAAGGCUGAGGUUCCAGAGGAAAACCAGGCUGUGAGGGAGCUCUACCAGCACUGGCUGGGGGGCUGGGGCUCAGAGAGGGCUCUGGAAGUGCUGCACACGCAGUACCACGCUGUGGAGAGAGCAAACUCUGCCCUCAACAUCAAGUGGUGAGAGCUGCCCAGCCCAGGAGAUCCUCAGUGCCUUCUGAACUCAGAUCUCUGGUCCUCCCAGGACUCGGUGCAAUUCCUGCCUCUGGGAAUGUGCCUGGCCCUGCUCGUUCCUUCAGAGAUGGGAACAAAGCCCAGAGUCUGACAGGAGCCACAGCAAGAGGGGCAGAAAUGCAUUCCAGGCUGCUGGGACAGCCCCUGGCCUGCUCCAACAGCCCCAUUCCUGCCAGAAGUGUGGAAAACGAGGAUUCAGAGCUCAGCUCCAGGCUGAGCCUUGUGCCACCCCCCAGGAUUCCUCCCCCAGGCCUUGCUGGAUUGUCACAGCACUGGGUGCUGUGCCUGCCUCUGCUGGAGCAUCCUCAUUUCACUGGAAAUGGUCUCACAGGGCCUCUGGAGUCCUCACAUCUCCCUGCCCUGCAGGGUCUGUGCCCUUGGAGAGGGGGAUCCAAGCCUGGGAUCAUCCCUGGGGCUGGGUCAGUGCCUGCUGGACAAGACCUUGUGAUUGCUUCUCCUUAAAUUAGAAAUAUUUAUACCCAGGGCACUUACUUCUCUCUCUUUUCUUCCUAAACACACAGCAGGGAGCCAUGGAAUUUUCACACUUACUGAGGGAUAAUAUCCCUAAAUCCAGACAGAACAGGCACUUAAUGAUGGAUAACACCCCAAAAUUACCACAAAAUAAUUCCUGACCUCGGGGCUGCCAGCAACCAAAGUCUCCCCUGCACUUUAUUCCAACGAAUCCACAGAGCAAAUUGUGAUUUUCGUGGUUUUUUAAUUAAAAGCUUUCCAUUUUUCAGCUGCUGCUGGUCAUUAAUGACCUCACAGUGUUCCAAGGCAUGCUCCCCCCCCUCCCCACCUCGAGGAGCAGAUUGGUGCUUCCAGUGAAUUCCCUUUUCCAUGCAGGGAUUUGGCUAAAGCAGGACAGGGGGAGGCUCCAGCCUGGAAUCAGUGCAGAGCACAGUGAGUGGCUGCUGAGCACAAGCACGUCAGCCCAGAAAUGCACAAUUCAUGAAGCUUAAUUAGCUGGAAAGCAAAUGCUCAGGGCUCUACACUUGGUCACUUCCUCAGUUCCCAGACACAGAGGUCAGUGAAGCCACCCAGGACACCCUGGGUUCCCUGCUCUGGCACCAGGAAUUUGUCCCAGCUGGAAUUCUUCCCAGCUGUGAGGUGUGGAGCAGGCUCGGGGUUGGUUCAAACACACAGGAGCAUCCCUGCUCCCAGGAUAAAUAAAAUUCCAAAGGAACACACAGGGGACAUCCACAACUCCAGCAUUUCAUGGAAACUCAGGAAUUCAGGCCAUGGUACCAAGGGAGCUUUUGCAGCUGGAGAAAUCCAUGCAAGGAAGGAAAUCCAAUCUAUAACUUAAUAAAAGGUAAAAAGAAAACCUUGGUCCGGUUUGUAGCACAGGAAAAAGCCCCAAACCAGACUCCAGUGGCAACAAAGGUUCACAGUCCACAAAGGAAAAUCCCUGAAAUCAACUUUAUCCCAGUGCUGGGAGCUGCCAGCAAAGCCUCAUUUUCUCCACAAAAAAAAAAAGAAAUAAAAAAGGGAAUGACUUCACUGGUGUGAAGUGCUUCCCCCCACACCUGCAAAUAAAACUCUGCUUCUUUCUCUGAAA